ACUUUAAUUUGGUUUACUAACCAACGUGUUAACUACACUACGAGUUUUAUAUUAUUUGUGAUGAAUUACCGAUUAAUUGUUAUUUCUGUGAAUAAGUGAACAGUUGAACAAUUGAGAAUAUCUGAUUCUGUAAAGUUCUCGUCGAUUCUUUUACAAUUCUGAGUUCGAAAGGUACAAAAGUUGAUGAGAAAAAAUAUUCUAAUAAAACGAAGUAGUUAUCUUAUCCGAUACUCGAUGGCAGCUUCUUACUCUUUCAUCUUAAUCAUUUUACUCACUCGAUUCAUGAUGAAACUUUCAUUCAUCUCACCAUUUAUUCAGUGAUUUGUAUCACAUUUGAGAUUCAAUUGAGUUUCUCAUCUUGUCAUAGGUUUUUUUACACAUUAAGGUAACUAAAUAUAAAUUGUUUAAACUGUUGAUUGUUAAGAAAAACAAAAGUGAAUCGGAAAGAGACACAAUCAACAAUUUAGCAAUAAUUUUUGUGAUGUUUCCCUCAUCAAUUGCAUCCUCAUCAUCAUCAACUCUAACAGCAAACACAACAACAACAACAACAACAAUUUCAUCACUUUACUCAUCAUUAAAUGACAAUGUUACCCAAUCAAUUGACGGACCUUUAGCCAAGGCUCUAGAAAAGUGUCAACAAGAGGUUCUUUCAGCUCCACCAAUUGACCCAACACUCAAAUACUGUCCAAGGGCAUGGGAUGGUUGGGGCUGUUGGAACGACACUCCGCCAGGUCAAACGGCUUACAUACCAUGUCCAAUAGCCGUUGUUGGAUUUAGAUCUGAUCAAUUGGCAUUCAAAUUAUGUCUCGAAGAUGGGAAUUGGUUUCGACAUCCGGAUACGAAUAAAACUUGGAGUAACUAUACAACGUGUGUAGACAAAGAUGAUCUCAAGUUUCGCCAAGCAGUGAACAACCUGUACAUUAUUGGCUACUCAGUUUCAGUUCUAGCACUUAUCAUAUCCUUAAUCAUAUUCCUAUCUUUCAAAUCACUGAAAUGUACAAGAAUAACAAUUCAUAAAAAUUUAUUCAUUUCUUUCAUAAUAAAUAAUCUUAUGUGGAUCCUGUGGUAUACACUGGUUGUAUCUGAUGUUGAGGUUGUUCAGGCAAACAGGUGGUAUUGUCAACUACUCCAUGUUCUGGUUCACUAUUUUUUACUUGCCAAUUAUUCAUGGACAUUCUGUGAGGGUUUAUACCUUCAUACCCUCCUGGUUGUGGCCUUUGUGGCUGAAGAAAAGAUCAUGAAAUGGUUUUAUGUGAUCGGCUGGGGAGUACCUUUAAUAUUUAUCGGUUUUUAUGCUGGAUUUCGUGGCUUAUCUUACAAUGGAGAAACAAAUUACUGUUGGAUUGAUGAAAGUAAAUAUUCUUGGUGGUAUACUGGUCCAGUUCUUGUAUCAUUUGUGCUCAAUUUAUUUUUCCUUGUAAACAUUGUUCGAGUGCUGGUAACCAAGAUGAGAGCAGUUAACUCUCCUGAUGCCCAUCAGACACGGAAGGCAGUUAAAGCAACGCUCAUCUUACUUCCCUUGUUAGGGUUACACUUUUUGGUUACUCCAUUCCGACCUCCUGAAGGGACUCAUGCUGAGGAGGUUUAUGAGAUUGUAGCUGCUUUGGUUGCCUCACUUCAGGGUCUUUGUGUUGCUAUUCUGUUCUGUUUCUGUAAUGGUGAAGUCAUUUCUCAGUUUAAAAAACGAUGGACUCAAAUCGCGUUGACACAUGGAGACAAUCGUCGAAUGUCUUAUGCAGCAACAAGUGUCUCGAGUGUUGCCCUUUAGUUAACUCAUGUAAUACUAUCAUGAAUUCAGGAAUAAGAAUGAAAAAUGAUGAAAAGAAAAGGAGGAUUUAUUAUUAUAUCUUCUUCUUCUCAGAUCAACAAUCAAUUACCAAUUGAAUCUAUUAAUCCAUUUCUAUUGAAUCAUAUCAUCUAUUUGCACCCUCAUCUCUUUUCUCAACUUAUCUUCAGGGAGACCUGAAACCACACCUAUUAUGUUAUUUGAAUUUUUCUUUUCGUUAGAACUUUUUUCUCUCUUAUUUUCUCAUUUUUUUCCAAUUUCCAAAGUUAAACUCCAUCAAAAUGAUCACAUUAUAAUCACUCAUCCUUAUCCCAAUUCCUCCCAUUUUUUUCUCACCAAACGUCUCGUAUUAAUAUAUCAUCGUAAUCAUAUUAUAAAUACUCAGUUUCUAAGAUGAUUUUAUCAAAAUUUCGAGAGUUUUAAUACUCAUAAAUGUAUAUAUAUAAGAAGAAGGAAAAUUUAUUUCCAAUUUCGACCUGGAAAAAAAAAGUUCUAAUCUGUUAUUAUUAUGGAUUGAAGGGUAAGAGCAUUUCGACUUCUCGUAAAUCCCAAGAUUCUCCUAAAUUAAUAAAUGCAACUGAUCUAAAAAUUAUCCAUAGUCGAAUGUGUCUCCAGUUAAUAUAUAUGUAUGUUCAAAAUCGUAAAUAUUUCACAUAACAAAAACUCUUGAUCCUCUUCAGGAUAACUCAAGAUGUAACUUUUAAUACUUUAGUGGUAAUUCAGAUUCAUCUGAUGAAAAUCAAUAAUGAUGCAAAUGUUGAUAAAAUUUUCAUUUAUGUCAAACUAAUAAUUUCAACUACUCAGAGAGAGUUACAUCAAAGAUAGAAAGAAGAGAGAGAGACAAAUCAACUUGAACUUUGAAAUAUUCUCACGACAGAUUCAGUUUUCACCCAAUUCAAUGUGAUAGAUAACAAUGAGUUUUUUUCCAAUAAGUGUCACAGUAUAAGUGACACAAUAAACUCAAUGGGUUGUCAUUUAUGUUCAAGAACAACAGUGAACUUUAUAUAUAUACUUAUAUAAGAAGAUUAAUCUUCAUCGAUAUCAAGGUAAUUGAGAAAUGCCAAUAAGUUAUCAUCCAUUACAAGAAUACCCAGAAUUUCAUACCCUGAAAUAUAUUAUACGCAUAUUGUUCAGAAGAUUAUCAAAUUUCAAAUAGGAAACUGGAUUUAAAUUGUUAAUUGAAAUAUUUGAAAUCUAAUCAGUAUCUCUUGUCUAUCAUUAAUCUUUACAACAAUUAGAUAAUCUUUUGAGUCAAUUCAUUGAUUUGAGUUAAUAUGGAUAACUGAAUAAGCGUCAAUAUUGAAUUCUUAUCAUCAUUAUCAUCAUCAUCAUUAAUGAUUGAAUAUAUAUCUCAGUGAAUUAGGUUUGCGUGUUAAAAGCUUAUUGAUAACAUAUUAAGAAAGUAAAAACGAGAGACUAAUUUUAACAUUGACCUUUGAUAAUGAUUCCAAUUCCCUAUUAUUAUCCCAAAUCCUGAUCACUCACUGAACAUGAACCUCAAUCUUUUUCCACCCAAUUCCAAAGAGAAUCAUGAUAAUUUCCAAUUUUCGAAGGCAUAAAACUUUGUUUCAAUUCGCACAUAAUUGAGUAUCAUCAUGUAAUCAGCAUCCGACGAACAAAGAUUCAAAUGAUUAAAACGAAUCACCUUUUUAUUUUCAUAUUCUUUCAUUUAGUUUCCUUAAAGAGCAAAAAAGUUUUUCUUUUACAUGUUAAUCCCCAAUGAAUUUUCACUCAGCACGAUAACUUGUUGAAACUUUUUAUUUUAUUUUCUUUUUUGUUUCCACCAAAAAAUCAAUCAUUAUAUACAUGAGAAAAUCUCAAUGCACAUUAUGUAUGUUAACCUUUUCUCUCUCUUUCUUUCUCUUGUUCUCCAUCUCCUAAACUUUAUCCUUUCCGUUUCCUGGUUUCACUUUCUCUUUUAUUCCCUUUUUCUUUUCUCC